AUGAAUAGACCAAAAAAGGUUUCUGCAGCCAAAAGAAGAUCUAGCAGCUUACAUUCAAAUCCUGAAUAAUAAUAGGUGCACUAAGAAUCUGGAGUUGAAUUAGAGCAAAUCAUAGAAAUAUGUAAGAAGCCGGUUUCAUUUAGAAAACCCCAUGAAACUAGAUUAUUAAUAAACUCUUUUAGAAAUAUCAAGUUUUUCAAGGAAUAAUUUAAUGAGCAUUAUGAAGGGAUGCUGGAGGAUGUGGCAGAAAAUGCAAAAUUGCAUGUUUAUAGCAAGAAUGAGACAAUUAUUAAGUAGGAUACAUAUGGAGAUACUUCUUAUAUAAUAAUAAAAGGAUAAGUGAAAGUUGUGAAAAGAGUAGUAACUAAUAUUGGAUCAUAUAUUACCAAAAAAGGAAAAAAAAGAGAUAAAUAUCAUGAAUAGAUAAAAGAAAUUAUGACAUUAAACGAUGGAGACUAUUUUGGCGAAUUAGCUUUAUUAGAAAGAAAACCAAGAGGAGCAGAUGUUAUCUCAGUUACAGAUUCAUUCAUAUUAGGGUUAGACAAGGAUUCUUUUGAUAGAAUAAUGGCUACAAAGACAAAGCGAUAAUUUUUGCAUCUGCUUGAUACUUUAAGUUGCAAUUCCAUUUUAAAAGAAAUAUCGAAGAACACCGUCAAAGCAUCAUUUAUGAUAAUGGAGAGAAAAGUGUAUAAUUAUGGAGAUAUCAUUUAUAAAUAUGGAGAAAAAGGAAGCAGUUUAUAUUUUAUCAUAGAAGGUGAGUUUAAAAUGGUUUCCAAUAUUUAUAAAAAAGAAGAAAAGGAUGACAGCAAUGAAAUUAAAUGUUUGGAGCGAGAAUCAGAGAUCUGUAUUUUAGGAAAAAAUGAAAGUAUUGGGCUUGAAGAAUUUCUCGAUGAAGAGAGGAGAUAAUGGAAAGCUAUCUGUUCAAGUUAAAUUGGAAUAGUAUAUAAGUUAAAUAGAAUCGAUUACAAAAGGAUUGAGCAGAGAUAUCCAGAUAUUGUAGAUGCUAUCCAAAAGAUUCGAGAUGAAAAGAAAAAAUAUUAUAAUGCUUGGAAGGAAAAGCAUGCUAACCCUUUAGAAGCUGGAUAAUAAAAGCAGAUUUAGAAUGAUGAUAUCUAAAAAUUUGACUACUAAAAAUAUGUUGAAAGAUCAAAACAAUUAAAACAGAUUAUAAUGAAUGAUAAGGAGAUGCAAUUUAUAUCCAGAGAUUAAGUUACAAUUAACGAUGAUAUGGAUAUAAUGCUGAGAUAUUGUCCUUAUUUUUAAUUAGGAGAAAAAAAAGCUACUCCCUUUUUGGUAAACACAAUCGAAACCAUUUAAUAAAGAAGAGUUAAAAGUGCGAAUUAUCGGCCGUUAUCUUUCGUUAAUUAGGUUAGUUAGGGAGUCAUUCAGUAGCAUAAUAGACCAAGCACAGGCAGAAUAUUAACCCAACAAAAGGAUGAUAUAGCUAAGGCCAAUGCUGCUGAAUCUUAACCAACAAUUACAAUUAAUCAAUAUUUAACUACAUAGCCAGAGGACAAUAAAUAAAAAUCACUUCAUAAUUCGAAAGCAUUUAUGGUUACUUCAACCCCAACCUAAGAAUAAGAAUCGAAAAAAAUUACAAUUAAAAAGAAAGCAAGAAAUUAUAAUGAUGUUAUCCAAAAUAAGAUAAUUUUUUUUAUGAAACUUACUCCAUAAAAAAUUGAGUAAAUGGCAAUUUAGCAAAGGGUUGAUAAAGAAGAAUUUAAGGAUAAGAAAUUAUAUAUUACAAAUUACCCUUCAAUGACUACAGGCUAAAUGUUAACAAGAAUUAAAUCAGCGGUCAAACUAUAACCUUAGAAUAACUUUAGUUAUCGUUCGUUGUAAGGUUAAAUUAGGAGAGGAAUAGCAAGCAGUGUAAAUUUAUUAAGUUCUGUUGAAUCAAUUCAAGGUGGAGAAUGUUCAAGGAUACAUUCAACUAAAAAUUCAACCGGAAUUAAUCUUGACAGUUCUGCUCUUCCUUUAAAAUAUCAAGCAGAUAUGAUAGGGCGAUAGUUCUUAUAAAGAAAUAAACAAGCAACACCAUCAUCAGCAUUCAAGGGAUUUAAUCGAUAAAAAUUUAAGUAAUUAUCUACAGAAUAUUGA